CUGGGCGAGAGACCCAGUGCCCUGAUACAGAUCCAGGCUCAGCUGCUCCAGGCUCAGCUUCUCCUGCAAGAAGUGGCCCAGGUACCUCUGCAGGAGGUACCGACAGGCCCUCUUCUUGAUAGACUCUGAAAAUGGCCAAGGCAUGUUGAAUGGAGACAGACUAUAAUCCCGUGGAGCUGAGCAGUAUGUCUGGGUUUGAAGAAGGCUCCGAGCUCAAUGGGUUUGAAGGAACGGACAUGAAGGACAUGCGGCUAGAGGCUGAAGCAGUUGUAAACGACGUUCUCUUCGCUGUCAACAACAUGUUUGUCUCACAAAGCCUUCGCUGUGCAGAUGAUGUGGCUUACAUCAACGUGGAGACAAAGGAGAGAGACAGAUACUGCCUGGAGCUCACGGAAGCAGGGCUCAGGGUGGUGGGCUAUGCUUUUGACCAGGUGGAGGAUCAUUUGCAGACCCCUUACCACGAGACAGUCUACUCCUUGUUGGAUACGCUCAGCCCGGCCUACCGGGAAGCAUUUGGAAAUGCACUGCUUCAGAGACUGGAAGCUUUGAAAAGAGAUGAGCAGUCAUGACUCAUUUUCUUUAUAGUGGGGCUACUGCUGGUGUAGAAUGCGAACAUAAGACUUGACACCCUUGCAUAUAAUCAUUGUAGAAAGUGCAUCGUCAGCUUUAUAUGUUUAUCAUCCCUUCACAUGUAGGCUUUUGACUCUGAACAUAAUUGACUCAAAAUUGUCUCAGUUCCAGAUUCAUUUAAGGGAAUUUCAAGGCCAUUACUCUAACACUCAUUACAUUCUGAUUUCUCCACACAGCCACUCUACAUUUCAAUACCUAAUCAACAUUUCAUUCUCUUAUCACAGGGCUUCAAUGCUGCCAGCACUCUCUUUUACAUAGAAAAUCCUAGAUUUGCACAGUGAUAUAGAAACUAGAAUCACCUAACUUCAGACCUGCAUUUCAGCCUGCUAAAUCAGGGGUUUACUACUAGCUUGGACUGACUUAGCAGUGGUUACUUUGUUACUGGCCUUAUUGGAAACAAACAACUAGUUUCCCCUGCACAAAUUUGGAAUUCACUGUUCCUCUUAACCUACUUACAUUACCAAAUGGACUGAUGAAAAUGAAAUUGCUUCUAUGUUACUUAACCUAGGAUGAAAUGAAAGGCAGGGACAGAAAUAGUUCUCGAUUCCUCAACAGCCAGCCAACCUAGAGAGGACAGACCGCUAGCAAAUGAAUGUAACAAUGACUCAUUUCCAAGAUAUCUAAGCACAUGAGCAGAUAGAGGAACAGGCCCCACCGCAUCCUCAGCGUGUAUCAUUUCAAAGGAAGAAGAUCCUGGUUUCCUAGGAAACGAUAUUUUGGCCUGUGUUGAUUCUUAUUCUGAAUGUUUGUUUACAAUGUACAGUAUAUAUAUAUACACAUAUAUAUAUUCAGAAAGUAUUUUUGCUUCAACGCUCACUUUCUAUAAAGUAGCGCUUUGGUAUUCCUGCCGCAUCCCUUCUUCCCCUGCAGUCAGACAGUGUUCUGUCUCAUUGCCAUGUGUACAGUGUAAUAUGAGUGCAUUGUAUGGUUUGAAACCAAAGGACGAAUGAAGCGUUCAGAAACUUGAUAUUUAAAAAAGAGAUGCUCUGUAUUUUAUAUUUUAUUACAGUCCCUGGUGUUUAUAAACUUAAUAAAACACUCUAUGCUGCUGCAUGUUUUCCAGGACGUGACGAGCAGGAAGGACCUGGGUAUUGUUUUUUAAUUGUCACCCAAAGCAGCUGCUUGCUUCAGAAAUGUGUAACAGCCCUCUGCAUCUGGGUGCACCUUUCAUACAUUUGUCAUCACAGAUGUUUUUGUCAUUGGUUUUCAAGUGGGCGUUUUUAGCUUCUGAAGAUCACAUGAGGGAUGAUGGGUAGAGCGAGCACUUGGCUAUCAUAGGUAAGCACUGGGCUCAAUCCUGAAGAUUAAAACAAUUUUAAAAACUCAAAAUGAUCAUGUGGCCCAGGACAAUUAGGCUCCUUCUGCAUUGCUGACACCAGCAGAGAUCACCGGGGGCUUGAACCUGGCUUUAUGAUGCGCUCAUGCUGGCAUGAUGUUUGGGAAACAAAGCCGAACUUCGGGCUGAAAUUUUUCAUGCUUAAUCUCAGGCUACUAUAAGAAAAUGAUGUUUGUAGAGUUUGAAUAAAAUUGUUUAUCUGCUUUUGAGUUGAAUAUAAAGUGAUCGUGUGUUUAAA